GCUCACAUGGGCCGAGCGCCCGAACCGAACCAAAACCUCUCCCUCCCUUCACCGUGGCCGUCCAGUACGCCACCGUCUUCUUCUUGCCCCGUCCCCAUCCGACCCACCAUCAUCUCCCGCCUCGCGACUGUCCUACGCGCUUCCAGAACCCAAUCCCUAGCCAACCCAACGCUAGAUCCCAAUUCCCCAGCCUACUCACGGGACAUGGGCGUGGAUAAUCCGCCGCCGAUCACCGGCUCCGGCCGCGACGGCGACGCGUUCGCUUUCAUCUCCAAGGGAUGGCGCGAGGUGCGGGACUCGGCGACCGCCGACCUGCAGCUGAUGCGGACGCGGACCGACAGGGAGCUGGGGCGCCUCCUCGCGUCGGCGUCGGCGCUCGCGGGGCCCGGACCGGCGCAGCCGGUGGCCGCGGGGGCGCCCUUCGCGGAGCUGGAGUUCGUGCGGAAGCGGAUCCAACCCAAGAUUGCGGAGCUGAGGAAGCAGUACUCGUCGACAGUGCUCGACGGAUGGCCGCCAAAGUCCGGCGCCAGCCUCCGCGUCGACCUCUCUGGGAUUACGGCUAUCCGCAACGCCAUUGUGUCCAGCGGGAAGGCUGAUGGCGGUGACGAGGGGAAGGAGUGGGAGGUCGUCAGGAUGAUACGGAACGGGCUCAAGGAGUUCGAGCGCCGGAGCCUGUCAAGUGAGAUGUCUGCUGGGUUUCGUGUCCGCACCGACUUUGUGGAGAAAUUUAAACUGAGCUUGAAAUCUAUGAACAAAGAGUCUCAGGAACCGAAGAAAUCUAUGAACAAAGAGUCUCAGGAACCGAAGCAGGAUGCCCCGCCACUGGAUCUAACUGAAAUACUGGCAUGUCUAGUCAGGCAGUCUGGACCAUUCUUGGAUCAACUUGGUGUACAAAGAGAUCUGUGUGAAAAACUAGUGGACACAUUGUACAGUAAACGGAAUGGCCGGCUCAUGCAUCCGCCUUUUUCAGGAGAUAGAUCCUUAAUUGGUAAUGAGGACAUAACUAAUGAGCUUGAUCUAAGAAUAGCUAGGGUGCUAGAAAGUACUGGCUAUCACAGAGAAGGUUUUUGGAACGAUCCUUCAAAGUACAAGAUCUCAGACAACAGACGACAUGUUGCAAUUGUCACCACAGCAAGUCUUCCGUGGAUGACUGGGACAGCUAUCAAUCCACUGUUCCGUGCUGCAUAUCUGGCAAGAAGUACAAUGCAAAAAGUGACACUAGUGGUUCCUUGGCUCUGUAAGUCAGACCAGCAACUAGUCUACCCGGAUAACAUCACCUUUUGUUCACCAGAAGAGCAAGAAACUUAUAUUAGGAACUGGCUACAGGAAAGACUUGGCUUUGCAGCAAAUUUUAAGAUAUCCUUCUAUCCUGGCAAGUUCUCAAAAGAGCGACGAAGCAUUAUUCCUGCAGGGGAUACCUCAGAAUUCAUUUCCUCAGGAGAAGCUGAUAUAGCAAUUUUGGAAGAACCAGAGCAUCUCAAUUGGUAUCAUCAUGGGAAGCGUUGGACAGAUAAGUUCAAUCAUGUCAUUGGCGUAGUUCAUACAAAUUAUCUAGAGUAUAUCAAAAGGGAGAAAAAUGGUGCUCUUCAAGCUUUCCUUGUUAAACAUAUCAAUAAUUGGGUGACUAGGGCAUACUGCCACAAGGUUUUACGUCUUUCUGCAGCAACUCAAGAUCUACCCAGGUCCAUCAUUUGCAACGUUCAUGGUGUAAAUCCAAAGUUCCUCAAUAUUGGCGAAAAAGUAAUAGCGGACAGGGAGCGUGGACAUAACUCUUUUUCCAAGGGAGCAUACUUUCUUGGGAAGAUGGUUUGGGCUAAAGGCUAUAAAGAACUGAUUGAUUUGUUAUACAAACACAAAAAUGACUUGGAGGGCUUCAAGUUAGAUGUUUAUGGAAAUGGCGAGGAUUCACAGGCUGUCCAGGCUGCUGCUAGGAAAUUGGAUUUGGGCAUCAAUUUCUACAAGGGAAAGGACCAUGCCGAUGAUUCACUCCAUGGGUACAAGGUUUUCAUCAAUCCCAGUGUUAGUGAUGUACUGUGCACAGCAACUGCUGAGGCUCUUGCAAUGGGGAAAUUUGUUAUCUGCCCCGAUCAUCCAUCAAAUGAAUUUUUCAAGUCAUUUCCCAACUGCUUGAUGUAUAGAACUCCAGAGGAAUUUGUUGCCCGAGUGAAGGAGGCCAUGUCUAGUGAACCUCAACCUUUGACCCCUGAGAAAAGAUACAGUUUGUCGUGGGAAGCAGCAACCGAGAGAUUUAUGCAGUACUCAGAGCUUGACAAAGUUCUGAAAGAUAGAAAUGCUCAGUGUGGAGAAGGUGUAAAGAGAAAAGGAGUGAGGAAGCUACCUUUACUCCCCAAAUUCUCGGACAUCUUGGAUGGGGGACUGGCAUUUGCUCAUUACUGCGCAACCGGCAAUGAGAUCCUAAGAAUGGCAACAGGAGCAACUCCUGGUACACGGGACUAUGAUAAGCAGCAGUGCAUGGAUUUGAAUCUCUUGCCUCCCCAAAUUCAACACCCUGUAUAUGGCUUGUGAUGUGAAUCUGGCUUUACUAAACUAAUGUAUAGUUGAAGGACUUUUCUCCCUAGGUAUGUGCAUACUAAGUGUUGUCCAUUUCCUGUAGUAACUAAUGACUAGACAGUAAAUUAGUAGAGCCCAUUCAUUUGUAAAAUUUCAUUAGGCUCUGUAUGGCCUGUCUUGUUUGUACCAUUUGCCUGUAACUAUCUCCCUUUUAUUCUCUAAAUAGGCAAGUUCAUCAACCAUUUGUAGAAUGUAAUUUACGUAGAUGGAAAAUAUCUGGUGUGCUUCACUCCACAUGUAUUUGCAGCAUCAAUAUACGGUAAUCUAAAGUUCAAUGAUAUCUGGGAAAUUCCACAAGAAUGUAA